AUGGAUAACAGGUGUCAUUGUUCAGCCAACAGUGACAGGCUUUCAAAUCCUAUCCUCUACAACAUCCUGAGCCAAAUGGAUAACAGCAAACCACGCCACAACAGCUUCAACUACAAUUCAGUACCUCAUAGAUGCAACUGUGACCUGCGACGAACAGUGUGCUUGAAAAGAUCAUCAGAGAUUUGCAAAGAAGCCUCAGCAGUUCUGGUUAAAACCAUCCAUUUCAUGAAGAACUUACCUGCUUUUAAUCAGCUGCCACUGAGUGACCAGUUCUCACUUCUCAAAAGCUGCUGGGCACCACUCUUCAUUUUGGGUCUGGCCCAGGAGCACGUGGUCUUUGAGGUGACGGACACCCCUGCUGACAGCAUGCUGAAAAAGAUUCUCCUAAACCAUCAGGAGAGCCCAGAGAUGGAGAGGGAGCAGCCCACUAUGGCCGGUGUCAGCAAACUCAAGUCCUGCCUCAGAAAGUUUUGGAAUUUGGAUUUGAGUCCAAAGGAGUAUGCAUACCUCAAAGGGACCACAAUAUUUAAUCCAGACGUCCCAGACUUAAAGGCAGUUCUGUUUGUGGAAGGCUUGCAACAGGAAGCCCAGCACGCCCUCAGCGAGGUGGUCAAGCUCCUUCACCCAGGGGAGCAGGAGGAGCGCUUUGCUCGAAUCCUUCUCACUGCCUCAAUGCUGCAGAGCAUCACACCCAGCCUCAUCUCUGAACUCUUCUUCCGGCCAGUGAUAGGCCAGGCUGAUCUGCUGGAGCUGCUGGUGGACAUGCUCUUCUGCAGAUAGACAGAAGAGGGAAUGUGGACUUCAAGUAACUGUCCUGGAGAAAGUUGAAUCCUGUCUUUACGAGUUGUGAUGGAGAACUUUUUGUUGAAUAACCGAAGCAAUGUUUCCUCCUGAGAUUAAGAAAUGCCUGACAGUGGACUCACAAUAGUGA